UGGUGCAACACACUGCAGCAGAUGAGGCGGUAUCUUCAGUAGCUUUUAGCUCAAGUGUUCUUGUCUGAUUCGUGUUAAGCGAACAACACAGGGGCAAUGCAGAGGGGUUUAUGUAUAAGCUAAGCGUUCCGCAAUACACAUGUAGGUUGACCAUCUGCAAGCAACGCAGACCAUACGCUUACAUAGCAUAGAUGAGCCAGUCAAGUGGAGGCCCUGGUAAUGGUAACUGGAGAGGUGGGCGUGGUAAUUGGAGAGGUGGGCGUGGCAACUGGGGAGGUGGGCAUGGCAACUGGAGAGGUGGGCAGGGAAACUGGAGAGGUGGGCGGGGAAACUGGAGAGGUGGGCGGGGAAACUGGAGAGGUAGAGGAGGUUAUUUCAAUCACUAUGGACGAGGAAGAGAAGGUGCAGCAGGUGGACCACCUAAACCCACCAGCAGUCAGCCCAGGGUUGUUCAAGCAAUGCACCCUUCACCAUACAAAGGAUGGAGAUUCUAUUUCCCAGAGGAAGCGUACUCUCCACAUUCACCUACUGUGACCAGGGUUCAAGUGUUUGAGAAGUACUUCAUCAACUGGAAAGCACUGUAUAAUGCUGAAAACAUUGAAUCUAAAGGACAUUUUACAGUUGAUUUCAAAGAACUGUGUCAGGAUCCAGUAAUACAAGAUGGUUUAUCUGAUCUGGCAGCUUUACUGAAAGAGAUGCCAGAGCAAAUGGUGAAUGCUAUUGGACUGGCUUUACAUCAGGUGUUGUCCAGUGGAUUGGAGCAGGAUGUUCAAGGUGACAGUGAGGAUCCAUUCCUACCUCCUCUGUCUGCUCCAUACAGCCUGCCAGUCAUCCAUGCCAGGAUUCUGAAUCAUGAACCUAUAACACAGCUCAAGAACUUGAAGGCACAUUACUAUGGCAAGUUUGUUUCUGUGAAAGGCACAGUGGUGAGAGUGAGUAACAUCAAACCUCUCUGCACCAAGAUGGCAUUUGAAUGCAACAGCUGUAGGACAGUACAGAGUGUCAUUCUUCCAGAUGGCAAAUAUGUUGUCCCAACAAAGUGUGUGAAUACCAAUUGUAAGGCCAGGACUUUUAUUCCACUGAGGAGCUCACAUCUUACAGAAACUAUUGAUUGGCAGACAAUAAGGGUUCAGGAGAUCAUCACUGAUGACAUGAGGGACUCUGGAAGAAUACCCAGAACAGUGGAUUGUGAACUUACAAAUGAUCUAGUGGACAGCUGUGUACCAGGAGACAUUGUCACAGUAUCUGGAAUAGUCAAAGUAACAAGUACAGAGAAAGGCAGAGGCAGAAACAAAGACAAGUGCAUGUUCUUGCUGUACCUCCAUGCUAACUCUGUGAACAACAGCAAAGGUCCCAAGAGUGGUGCAGGAGAACAGGGGCUGGCUAUAGACUUCACCCUCAAAGAAUUGUAUGCUAUAGAGGAGAUACAGAGUGAGAAGAAGUUGUUCAGACUUAUUGUGGGAUCCCUUUGCCCCUCUAUAUAUGGACAUGAGAUGGUGAAAGCUGGCCUUGUUCUAGGUUUAUUUGGAGGAUCACAAAAAUAUGCCAAUGACAAGAACCGCAUCCCAGUUAGAGGUGACCCUCACAUUCUAGUUGUUGGUGAUCCUGGUCUUGGAAAAAGUCAAAUGCUGCAAGCAGUAGCAGGAGUAGCACCAAGGAGUGUGUAUGUUUGUGGAAACACAACAACCUCCUCUGGGUUGACUGUGACUUUAUCCAAGGAAGGAGGAUCAGGAGACUAUGCCCUGGAGGCAGGAGCCCUGGUGUUAGCUGACCAAGGCUGCUGCUGUAUUGAUGAGUUUGACAAGAUGGGCAGUCAACAUCAGGCUCUGCUAGAAGCUAUGGAACAGCAGAGCAUAAGCAUUGCCAAGGCUGGGAUAGUAUGCAGUCUUCCUGCCAGGACAUCAAUCCUUGCUGCAGCUAAUCCAGUUGGUGGACAUUACAACAAAGGAAAAACUGUGUCUGAAAAUCUCAAGAUGGGAAGUGCUUUGCUGUCCAGGUUUGACUUGGUAUUCAUUUUGUUGGACAAACCAGAUGAGGAGAUGGACAGCAUGUUAUCUGAGCAUGUGAUGGCCAUGCAUGCAGGAAAGAAGAGAAUAUUACAAGGUACCACUGCAAGAAGAAAUCAAGAACAAAAUGAGGCCUAUAGUGAAUGGGAGGCUGAUAAACCCUUGUCUGAAAGAAUAAAGGUACCACGUGGAGAGAAUCUGGAUGUGAUCCCACCACAACUGCUCAGGAAGUAUGUUGGAUAUGCAAGAAAAUAUGUUCACCCGAAAAUUACGAAGGAAGCAGCAAAAGUUAUACAGCAAUUUUAUCUUGAUCUGAGAAAGCAGCACCAGUCCAGAGACAGCACUCCCAUCACUACCAGGCAGCUGGAGUCUCUGAUCAGGCUCACAGAGGCUCGUGCCAGACUAGAGCUACGUGAGGAAGCCACAGAGCAUGAUGCUAAAGAUGUGGUGGAUAUCAUGAAAUUUAGCAUGAUAGACACCUACAGCAAUGAACUUGGAUUUCUGGACUUUGAAAGAUCUCAGCAUGGCUCUGGGAUGAGCAGUAAAGCACAGGGUAAAAGGCUGAUAGCAGCCUUACAAAAGAUGUCUGAGACGACUUACAAUUCUCUGUUCACUGUACAAGAAAUGAGACAAAUAGCCCAGAGCGCUGGAAUUCAAGUUCGGGAUUUUGAAGACUUCAUAAGUUCUUUAAACAACCAAGGCUUUCUUCUGAAAAAGGGCCCAAGGGUUUACCAGCUACAGACUGCUGGUUUCUGAGGCCUUUGUGGAAGUGCUGGAUAACAGAGAGGGUCCCAGGCAUCUAAAUGCCUGAAAUAACUUGAUUUAAUACAUAUUCCAGACAUGAACAAGUGUUACUUUAAAAUCUCUCUUCCCCACGCCAAAGUAUGAAAAAUGGCAGUUUUCAAAGGAGAAAAAUGUUAAUUAGUUGGUUGUUUUCCCUAUUAUCAAGUACAUUUGCUUCUGUGGUGCCUGCACGGAAUAUAAUUACGUGUGUGUAAAAGCUGGAAAUUUGUACACACCUGGAAUAUAUGGAAUUGUGUGUCAGGGGCACAAGGCAAUCAACUUACAACAAUGCCAGUUGAAAACGACCAGGAAGACUUAAAGUAUUGCAGCUUUUUGUGUGCCUGCAUUACAUCAUAUUACAUUGAUGUUGGGGACCCAGUGCGUAAAGGAUGCUGAAGUGUUAUUUAGCGUCCUGUGACAGGAAAAUUUAAUGCUGACAAUAGGAGAGAUGGCUCAUGUGAUAUCAGAGGUGAAUAAAGGGCGGAAGUAAAGGUUAUUAAAUCUUCAUGCCCUGCAGUUAUAUUAAUAACAUCAUGUGUAGCUGCCAGAUGAUCAGAUAACAUGGAAAGGUGAACUGAAGCAUUU